AUGAAGGACUUCGUUAAGCAGCGCCGUCAGCGCAGUCUCACGUACGACGAGAAGCUUGACAUUCUGUGGCUUCAAGCUACUCUGCGGGAAGACAACACUGUAGAUGUAGCUGGCACCAUAGCCCGGCUGCUUGGUCGACUUCGGGACCUUGUGCAGACUUUUGUCCGCGAUCGACCUGUCACCCGCACGCGCACUGUGGCGAAGGACGUUCUCGCCUUGGUGCAAGAUGCCCACGUGGUCACCGUUGCCGAUGGAGCCAAAGACCACGCCGCAUGUCUGCGCGCCGUUCAGCGCUUCUUGGACAAGCAAGGCAACGCACGUGGCAAGCCAUCUCGCAACACAACGUAUCGGAUAACCCCAGCGCACGAGCAAGCCCGCGAUUCGAACGCGAACUUCAUGGUGCCGACAGUAACGACAGCUCCCCGGCGAUCGGUGGCGUACCUGGACGAGGGUUUUAUCCACCACCACUACACCCGACAUGCCGACAGUCUCUACGACCCCAUGGACACCGCAAAGACGAAGCCAAAGCACAAGGGCACGGUCGCCUUGCACCUGUUGGGCCUCGACAUUUUUGUCGGCGGGAAAAAGAACGGAAGAACCGUGAAAGACUACCAUUCUAUGUUCAAUCACGAGUAUUUCGUCAACUGGUUUGGCAAACUACUGGACGAGGUCGAGGAGCUUGGGUGGUCCUCUGCUGUCUUUUUCAUGGACAACGCGAAGUACCACAAGGGGAAGACCUCAACGACACCCAAAGGAAGCUGGAAGAAGGCCGACCUCUACCAGGCGUGCCUGAAGUAUGACAUAAGAGAUAUCUCACCAACCGACCUAGAGGCAGCGAUGUGGGCACGACUAAAAAAGUACAUUGACGAGCAUAUCUACCCGGUCGUGCUGCACCCCAUCGAGCUGAUCUGGGCGAACGUCAAGGGCACCGUUGGUCGAGCCUAUACGUCAGACACAACGUUUCAAGAUGUCUACAAGCGCCUCGACAAUGCAUUCUAUCACCUGGACUCCGAGACCAUCAAGGUCACGAUCGACAACUCGACAGCCAAGCUCAUUGCGCUUGAAAAAGCACUCCGCCAGGCGGAAGAGGCGGCUGCCAUGGUCUCUAUUGGAUCAGGUCAUAGCGAUGGGGAUAGUGAUACGUCUUCAUCAUGUGAUGAAAGUUCCGCUGGGUCAAGCGAUGGCGUCGACUCGACGACGUUGACGAUCACCCAUAUUAGCCUGCCAUGA